AUGGCGCGCCUCUAUUCAGCUGCUACCUUCCUCGCCGCGGUCGCGGCAUCGCCAACUUCGAGAGGUCGCUCUACCGGCACCGCAACGGUCGACCUUUCGAAAGAUCAUGGACCAGCUGCUGCACUGGGAUCUGGCUUCAUCUACGGCUUCCCUGACAAUGGUACCUCCGUCUCAAACCAGGUGCCAUCCCACUUUCUGACCGACAUCUCAUUUCGCACUUCUCGCGCCGGCGGUGCUCAGAUCGACGCCAAAGGAUGGUCAGCUGGUGGCCUUGAGGGCUACCAAGCGCGCUUCGAUUCCGGGCUUUCAAACUACCGCACCACGCGACACUACGGCGGCGAUUUCAUUCUGCUCCCCCAUGACAUCUGGGGUGCUGACGGUGGACAGGGCGAGGAAAGCCACUACCCCGGCGAUGACGGCAACUGGACGUCAAUGGAGACCUUCCUUACACAGCUCACCUCCGACAUGAAAGCGAACGACAUGAUCGAGGGAGUGGCCGUCGACCUCUGGAACGAGCCCGACAUCGACAUCUUCUGGAACCGCACCUGGGACCAAUAUCUCGAAUACUGGCACCGCUCCUACGCCCUGUUCCGCGACCUCCUCCCCGAAGUCCUCAUCAGCGGCCCCGCCAUGGCCCACUCCCCCAACCUCACCGACCCAAACUGGCGAUCCUGGCUCGCCACCGCCGAACACCACAAUGCCAUCCCCGACAUCUACGCCUGGCAUCAAAUCGGCGACUGGGAGCGCGAGCCCGACACCACCAUCCCGGUCUUCCACACCAUGCGCCAGCAGCACCAUCUCCCCCACCGCCCCAUCGACAUCAACGAAUACGCCUGGCCGACCGAGCAGAACCCAGCCUCCUCAGCCUGGUACCUCGCGCAGCUGGAGCGGCACGACCUCCGCGGCCUGCGCGCCAACUGGGGCUCCGGGCCCGCCCUGCACGACUUCCUCGGCGGCCUGCUCGCCAACACCAGUGCAGGCAAAUACUACCCCAACGGCGAGUGGCAGCUGUACAAAUACUACGCGGGGAUGCGCGGACGGCGCGCGUCGACCGCUGCGUCCGAGGAUCUGCUCUUCGACGUCUUCGCCACCGUCGCAGACACCGACACCACCGGCGACGGCACCGCCGCCGCCGCCGCCGCAGUAGAGAAGCGCUCAGCCUCGCACAUCACGAUCCUCGCGGGCGCCCGCGCCGUACAGGCAGCAGCGACAGCGUACGACAUCGCCAUCUCAGGUCUAAACCCGAACGUCACGGCCGUGGAAGUGCGGACCUGGCGCUUCGACUGGGCUGGGCCGGAGGGCGAGGUCGGCAGGCCGAGGGAUCUGGGCGUGCAGGAAUACGUGGUUGGAGAUGGGGAAGUGAGGUUGGUGUAUGACCCGCCCGAUAACGCGACGGCGUAUGCGUAUGAGUUUUUUGUUGGAAGUUGA